CAACAUGAGUUCAGGUUUUUCAUCUAAGGUUCCCGAUUGCGUGGUCCAGACAUGCUACGAGUACGAAGGCGUCAUUAUCCCUGUCUUCAUGCCCUUGUCGGCGCUGAAGCGCGUCAGGAAAUUCGAAUGUCGACCCAAUGACCUGUUUAUUGUGACCUUUCCGAAGUCAGGCACAACGUGGGUGGAGCAGCUGAGUCUGUUAAUUCAACAUGGCGGUGAUAUGAGCAGACUGGAAGGCACCAAUAUCAUGGAGGCAGUUCCAUUCCUUGAGAGCGUGGAAGACGGCCGAAACCCAUUGACAUCACCGCUGGUAAUCGACAAGGCUGAAAAGAUGGCGUCGCCAAGGAUACUCAAAUCUCACUGCCACUCGCCUUUUCUACCCCAGGAUAUCAGCACCGACGAUCCGAAAGCUAAGGUGAUUUACGUAGCCCGGAACCCAAAGGAUACGGCUGUUUCCUACUAUCAUUUCUGUCAUUACACUCCACAAUUGCCGAGCUAUGAUUCUUGGGAUAUAUUCUUUGAAGAGUUCUUAGCUAACAGGGCUCCUCAAGGAUCUUGGUUUGAAAACGUGUUGCCAUGGUGGAGGAGAAGAAAUCAUCCAAACGUUCUCUUUCUCAAGUACGAAGAUAUGAAGAAGGACUUACCAGGAGCCGUACAACAGAUAGCUGAAUUCAUGGGAAAGUCCCUUUCAGAUGAAGUCAUCGAGAAGUCAUCGGGGAUGUAA